GCAAAAUUUUCUUGGAAAAGCGUCUUUUUCGAAGUUACAUUUGCAAAGGCGUUGUUACUGUUACGAUUGUAUAAAAUGCCGCAAACUGAUUUUAAAUUGUUUUUGAAAGAUUUCUUGGCUGGAGGUGUUUCUGCUGCAGUAGCUAAGACUGUCGUUGCACCUAUCGAACGAGUAAAGUUGAUUCUACAAGUUCAAGCAGCCAGCAAGCAAAUAUCGGAAGAAACGGCGUACAAAGGGUUAGGUUCAUUCACAUGAGCUAUGGGACAAGGACAACAUACUGGGCCUAUAAGGCAUGCUGGAUUGUUUCAUAAGAAUACCCAGAGAACAAGGAUUUCUCAGCUAUUGGAGAGGGAAUUUAGCCAACGUUAUUAGGUAUUUUCCCACACAGGCUUUGAAUUUUGCAUUUAAAGAUGUCUAUAAACAAAUCUUUAUGGAAGGCAUUGAUAAGAAGUUACAUUUUUGGAGGUAUUUUGCUGCAAAUUUAGCGUCUGGUGGAGCUGCAGGGGCAACUUCUUUGUGCUUUGUCUAUCCACUGGAUUACGCAAGAACUCGUUUGGGGGUUGACGUAGGAAAAAAUGUAGCAGAAAGGCAGUAUCUAGGACUGAUCGACUGUGUUGUUAAGACCUUCAAAUCAGAUGGACCUAUUGGCUUAUACAGAGGAUUCGUAGUUUCGGUUCAAGGAAUUAUCAUCUACAGAGCAGCAUAUUUUGGUUUCUUUGAUACAGCCAAGGGAAUGUUGCCUGAUCCCAGGAAUACCAGGUUUAUUGUUUCUUUCAUUAUUGCACAGAGUGUUACCACUGUAUCAGGUAUUCUGUCAUAUCCGUUCGACACAGUUAGGAGACGAAUGAUGAUGCAGUCAGGUCUUAAAAAGCACGAAGUCAUGUAUAAAAACACAAUGGAUUGCUGGGUGAAGAUCUUUAGAAACGAAGGGCCUGCUGCGUUUUUUAAGGGAGCGUUGUCUAAUGUUUUUCGUGGUAUGGGGGCUGCUUUAGUUCUAGUAUUUUAUGAUGAACUUAAGAUGUUAUUGUAAUAUUUAAUUUUUUUUUGUUAUGUUUAUAUAAAAUAAGAAUUUGUUAUUAAAAUGUACCUUUUUA